AUUUACCGCUUUCCUCUUCUCUUCUCCCUCUCGGUACAUCUCCGCAAAAUAAUCUCCAUUGAAGAACAAAGAUCAAAGCUUGGCAUCCAUUUCAUUCAAUUCAAGGAAUAAGUGGAUAUUGCGGCAGAUUUAACAGUUGAUGGCAUGUCUAGAUCUAGGCUCUUCACAUCUCUUCUCAUCUUAUCAAGUGUAUGAGGUUCCUUUUGAUUUGCACCUAGAUGACGGUGUCUCGGUCGAGGUUUUUAGAUGUGCCGGAUGCUUCAAAACCUUCUUUAUCUUCUUUUAGUAGUAGUAGUAGUAGUAGUAGUGUACCUAAACCACCCCCUCUACCUAGCUCGGCAAAUGGCGGAUGUAGUUCCUCUAAGAGGCUGACUGGUUAUAGUUAUGUACUGGAUGAAACAAGGCUUGUUUGGGAUAAGCUUUUUCAUGAAGGAUAUGAGGCUGAUGUUCAUGUUCUCACUGAUGAUAAGAGCACUAUUUUGUCACAUUCCUGUGUUCUUGGCAUCUCAUCUGCUGUAAUAAGGAAUCUGUUGGCACAAGCAAAAAUCAGAGGGGGUAUUCGACGUAUCAAAAUACAUGGAGUUCCUUCAGAAGCUGCCAAUGCAUUUGUUCGUUUUCUUUAUUCUUCAAGCUAUGAACCAGAUGAUAUGAAAAAUUAUGUCCUUCACUUGCUUGUCAUGUCUCACUCAUACUCAAUCCCUUCCUUGAAAAAAGUCUGCAUCAACCAAGUAGAGCAGGCUUUACUGAAUGCAGAAAAUGUGGUUGAUAUACUUCAGUUAGCCAGACUGUGUGAUGCACCACGGCUUACUGUUUUAUGCACCCGCAUGAUUAUGAAAGAUUUCAAGACUAUUUCUUUGUCUGAAGGGUGGAAAGUAAUGAGACAAACAAAUCCUGAACUAGAACAGGAGCUUCUAGAGUCUCUUGUGGAGGCCGAUUCUAAAAGGCAGGAAAAGAUGAAAAAGAUGGAAGAAAGAAAAGUGUACUUGCGGCUGAAUGAAGCAAUGGAAGCUCUAGUGCACAUAUGCAGAGACGGUUGCCAAACAAUUGGACCAAGUGGCAAAGUAGUGAAGGACAACCAAACAGCUUGCAAGUUCCCUGCAUGUAAGGGGCUUGAAUCAUUGGUUCGCCAUUUCUCUAGCUGUAAGACUCGAGUCCCCGGAGGUUGUACACAUUGUAAGCGAAUGUGGCAGCUAUUUGAACUUCAUUCUCUGAUCUGCUCUGAGUUAGAGUUUUGCAAAGUUCCUUUGUGCAGGCAUUUCAAAGCUAAGAUCAAGAAUCAAAGCAGGAAAGAGGAGAUGAAAUGGAACCUGUUGGCCAGCAAGGUGAUAGCAGUUAAAGGUACCCUAAGCUCGAUCUCUGCUAGACGUAUUUUCGUACCAUAAAACUAUAUAAUUUCAGUGAUCUUGAGCUCUGAAGCUGAGAGGAAAUUUUAAUGUAGAUUGUGAUGUCAAAGGAGGAUGAUACCAUGAAAAUAAAAAACUUGUAAAUGGAGAAAUAAGGAAAAAUGCUUUGUAUGUGUAUUGUAACCGAAAAGUUAUAAAAAGAAUAAAUAUUACAUGAACCAUUUUCUUUGUAGUUUA